CUGUUUUGUUUUCACUGCAACAGCUGUGUGGGUCUUUUGUGAAAUUUUCUAUAUUUGAUUUGUGUUUGUUUUGUUCCGUUCGACAUUGUCGAGAAGACACGUAAUAUGUCCGCUGCCAAGAACGAAAUGUAUUACAGCCUGCUGGAGUGGUUCAAAACACUCAAUCUGAACGCACCCCACGCAGAUGCCGAGUCACUGGCAGACGGCGUAGCCGUAGCCCAGGCGCUGAACCAAUUCGCCCCCGAAUCAUUCACAGACUCGUGGCUAUCGAAAAUCAAAGCCAGUGCCGUGGGAAUCAAUUGGCGUUUGCGUAUGAGUAAUCUAAAGAAAGUAACACAAUCGUUGUACGAGUACUACAGCGAGGUCCUCAACUACACCCUCAGCGAUUUUGUGAAGCCCGAUGUACAGCGCAUUGCCGAGAAAUGCGACCUGGUCGAGCUGGAGCGUUUGCUGCAGCUGGUGCUGGGCUGUGCGGUCAACUGUGCCAAGAAGCAAUCGUACAUAACCGAGAUCAUGUGCCUGGAGGAGGAGCUGCAGGCGAACAUCAUGCGAGCCCUGCAGGAGCUGGAGUCCAGCCGUAAUGCCGCUGAGGGAGGCAUCGUCACUUCGUUGUCGCGCAGUUCCAUCAGUGGGAUGCUGGAUGGCAAGGUGCUGCAAGAGGAGCGCGAUGCCAUGGCCCAGAAAUGUUUCGAAACCGAAAAGAAAAUGCUGCUGCUAAUCGACGAGAAGACAAACCUUCAGCAGGAACUGCAGAAGCUGCAGCAGGAGUUCGCACGUCUUGAGCACAGCUCCACAGUCAUUGGCGACGAUGGUGUUUCGUUGGGACCCGUCCAAACGGGCUCUGUGCGCUACAACGAGCUGCGGCGUCAGCUCGAUUUGCUGAAGGAAGAACUCCUGCAGUCGGAAGGUGCACGCGAGGAUGUAAAACUGAAGGCCCAGCAGCAGGAGACCGACCUGUUGCACAUGCAAAUGCGCAUAGAUGAGCUCUUGAAAAGCACUGCUGAGGUGACGACUCUGAAGGACGAAGUGGACGUGCUGCGGGAAUCGAAUGACAAGCUGAAGAUAUGCGAGGGACAGCUGGAUACGUACAAAAAGAAGCUGGAGGACUACAAUGACUUGAAGAAGCAGGUCAAGAUCCUGGAGGAGCGCAGUGCGGACUAUGUGCAGCAGAACGCACAGUUCGAGGAGGAUGCCAAGCGAUAUGCCAACACCAAGGGCCAGAUAGAGCUGUUCAAGAAGGAGAUCCAGGAUCUGCACACCAAGCUGGACAGCGAGAGCAGCAAGAACGUGAAGCUGGAGUUUGACAACAAGAAUCUGGAGGGCAAGAAUCUGGCCCUGCAGCGAGCCAAGGAUAGUUUGCUGAAGGAGCGUGACAAUCUUCGCGAGGCCGUCGACGAGCUCAAGUGCGGGCAUCUGUCUUCCAAUUCGGGUCUCACGGGUACCACCGUUUCCCGGGAGUUGCAACCCCCAGCCACUGUGGAGAAGAUGCAGCGUCUCGAGGCGGAGAACAAGGCUCUGCGCGAAGGGCAGGGCGGCCAAACGGCUCUGGCGCAACUUCUGGAUGAUGCCAACAAACGCUGCGAGAAUCUACGCGAACAGCUAAAGACGGCCAAUGAGCGUAUACUCUGCCUGUCGCAUGCCUCCCAGAGUGACGAUCCCAUACUGAAAGAAAGCGAAUUCGGCAAGCAAAUCAAGCAGCUAAUGGAGCUGAAUGAACAAAAGACCCUCCAAUUGGAAGAGUCCGUGGCGCAGAGCUCCUCGUUGCAGUGCAAGGUUACGCAGCUGGAAACUAAUCUGACUGCUCGCGAGCAGGAAGUAAUGGCCUACGAUGCGAAAUACCGAAAAUGUUUGGAAAAGGCCAAGGAGGUUAUCAAGAGCUUCGAUCCGCGCAUAGCCAGUGCAAUCGAUGCCAGUGCCUUGGAAAAGUAUUUCGAUGUCGUUGAGGAGGAGCCAAAGCCAAAAAUGAGCGUAAUGGAAGAGCAAUUGAUGACCUCGGCCUUCUACAGAUUGGGUGUCAAUGCCCAGCGCGAUGCUGUUGACUCGAAAUUGGCUAUAUUAAUGGGCUCGGGGCAGACAUUUCUGGCACGCCAGCGACAAUCGGCGCCACGCAAAUCACUAAGUGCAAUGAAAUCAAAGUAGGGGCAGGGAGCACUCGAUUCUGUUCAAUUAAGCUAAGGACAUUUCUCAUCGCCAGGGGUUUGUUUCAACACUUAUAUAAAUCUAUAUAUACAUAUAUAAACAUAA